AUGGCUGAGAUACCCCCAGUGGACACGUUGGAGCCGAUUCGAGAUGGACUGUUCGUUCGCUUUGCCCAAGUCGCUGCAGGAACACUUUUCGUCUACGACGUUCUCCUCAAUUUAGACGUUGAGCUCAGGCACGUAUGGGCAGCCCUCAGUCUUCGAAGACAACGACCGAUCAGAGUAGCACCCAUGAUGUUCAACCUAUUAUAUGUUGUACAGAGGUAUCUACCGCUGUGGGAUCGGGUUAUUUUGGAUACAUAUUACAUGCUGGGACCGUCCAACACGAACACAUGCGAGACCACGUAUAAGAUGAGUGCACGGGGUGCGAUUAUAGGGAUCAUCCUUUCGGAAUGUCUCCUUGCAAUGCGGAUACGGGCUGUUUGGUUGAAUAGCCCUUGUGUUACGGCUAUGUUGGUUGUGUUGGCAUUGUCAUGCUCGAUUCCUGGGGUGUUCUUCUUCGUGAGAUUUGCAAGAGGAAUCCAUUGUCCUGAACUCUAUAAGCCUGGCACGGCAACACUGCAAGGAUGUUAUUGUUUGAUGGAGAACAAGGACCUUUACCUGAGUUGGAUUGUGUUGAUGGUCGUUAACAUCGCCGGGUUCAUAAUGAUGGCUAUACCUGGGAUUAAAGCCUAUCGGAGAGUCGACAGAUCGAACCUCGCGAAGGUUGUUUACCAGGAUGGGGUCAUAUACUACGCGUCAAUUCUCUUAGCGUCGUUGAUCAAUGUUGUGGUCAUUCUCCAAUUACCGUCCACCUUUGUAUCGAUGGUCUCUCCCCUUGAAAGGGUCCUCCACUCUAUUAUCUCCAGCCAUAUGGUUCUUCACAUACGAGAAAUGGCACCACCGGCUGAGCUACAGCACAGGGACGGAAUUACCACGGGAGAGUUCACUACCGAGCACAACGAGAUGUCGUUCGUUUCUAACCCGUUGCGAUCCGACAAUGAACUUGAAAACCAAGGAAAACAGUUGAGAGCUUGA